AUGGGGAGCCAAAGAAUAGGAGAAACGGGUCUGUCUGAGUCAGGACCUUCAAGUCACCAUGUCCCUUAUGGAGUUCUUCAUGGGAUCAAUACCUCAUCAUCAGGACUAAUGAAUCAAGGGUCUGCUUUUGAUUUUGGAGAGCUGGAAGAGGCUAUUGUUCUGCAAGGAAUUAAGAUAAGAAAUGAUGAAGCCAAAGCAUCAGCUUUAUUCACAGGCAGGCCUUCAGCCACACUGGAAAUGUUCCCUUCAUGGCCAAUGAGAUUCCAGCAAACCUCAAGAGGGGGUUCAAAGUCAGGAGGCGAAAGCACUGAUUCAGGAUCAGGAAUAAACACUCUUUCAAGCAAAGCUGAGCUCCAAUUUGAAACAGAUUCUCCCAUAAGCAUAAAAGCAUCUUCUUCAGAUCAUCAACAGGCUUUUGAUCAGCUUCAACAACAACAGGAGACAGCAACUGAUGCCUCAAGGGCAGGCACAUCACAGAAUCAAUCAGCAGCCAAAUCACCUCAAGAAAAGAAGAAAGGAGCUGCUUCCACAUCAGAGAAGCCACUUGAUGCAAAGACACUGAGACGUUUAGCUCAAAACAGAGAAGCUGCAAGGAAAAGCCGUCUCAGGAAAAAGGCUUAUGUGCAGCAACUAGAGUCAAGUAGAUUAAAGCUCACACACCUUGAACAAGACCUUCAAAGAGCUCGCUCUCAGGGUGUGUUUAUGGGUUGUGGUGGUGCUGGUGGCAGUGUAAGUUCUGGAGCUGCAAUGUUUGACAUGGAGUAUGCAAGAUGGUUAGAAGACGACCACCGACACAUGGCGGAGCUCCGGACCGGGCUUCAGGCGGCGCUGUCGGACGGAGAGCUAAGAGUGAUUGUGGAUGGAUAUCUGUCUCAUUAUGAUGAGGUUUUCAGGCUGAAGGGGAUGGCUGCUAAAACAGAUGUGUUUCAUCUCAUCAAUGGCAUGUGGACUUCACCAGCUGAGAGAUGCUUCCUCUGGAUUGGUGGUUUUAGACCGUCAGAACUCAUCACAAUGUUGAUACAACAGUUGGAGCCCCUAGCUGAGCAGCAAAUAAUGGGCAUAUAUGGCCUCCGGCAUUCCUCACUGCAAGCAGAAGAGGCUCUCACUCAAGGUCUUGAACAGCUUCAGCAGUCUCUCGUCGACACCAUCGCCGCCACCUCCGUCGCCGACGGUGUGCAGCAGAUGGUGGCCGCCAUGGCCAAACUUGCCAACCUUGAAGGAUUUGUUGGUCAGGCUGAUAAUUUGAGGCAACAAACCCUUCACCAGUUGUGUCGAUUACUCACAGUUCGUCAAGCAGCAAGAUGUUUUCUUGUUAUUGGAGAGUAUUAUGGUCGUCUAAGAGCCCUAAGUUCUCUCUGGGCAUCAAGACCACGCGAGAGCUUGAUGAGCGAUGACAACUCAUGCCAAACAACCACGGAAUUGCAAAUGGUUCAACCUUCUCAGAAUCACUUCUCCAAUUUCUGA